AUUUCCUCCUCCUCUGUAACCUGCUUCCUCCCCUGCCCUGAAAACCUCUGUUUUUUUUCCCCUCCCCUGUUCCGCCUCUUCCCACCUGCAUUCCAAUCCCCAAUCGGCCGGCGACUUCUCCUUCUCCCCGGUGAGUUAGACACAAAUCCUCUUCUCUCCCUCACCAUCCAUUUCAUUCCAUUGAUCUAAACUCUGCAUCUUACUCUGGCUCCCGUCCUUCCUCCCCUGCCUUAGCUCCACAUCUAUAAAAUCCCUACAAACUAUGUAAAGCUUCACUUUCCUCUCCCCUUCCCACAAAAAACCCAAAAAAAAAAGUUUCUUUUUUUGUAUUGAUUAUGUUCAUGCAUCGAUUCUAGCUGUAGCCAUCGUUUAGAUCGUGGCUAAGGUCGAGAUUAUCACCCUGUAGCGAGACCAUCAUAAAAACCCAUCAAAUUAUGUAAUCUCGAUUCACCUUACUACCCACCAAUCCCCAUAAAAAAACCCAAAAAAAAAUUUACAUUUCAAGUAUAAAAAAGAAGAAAAAAAGUUGGACGGAAGAAGGAUGCCGGAAUCGGAAGGAGGAACGCCGGUGGCGACGUCUGCGCCGGGGACUCCGGGAGGUCCCCUGUUUUCGGCGGAGAGGGUGGAGUCGCUGUCGUACGAUCGGAAGUCGAUGGCGGCGAGAUGCAAGUGCUUGCCGGUGACGGUGCGAGCGUGGAGUCAACCCGACACUCCCACCUGCUUCACUGAUUUCCCCACUCCCGAUAUCUCGCUCAGUCGCAAGCUAGGUGCGGAGUUCGUGGGCACCUUCAUACUCAUCUUCGCGGCGACGGCAGGCCCCAUCGUCAACCAGAAGUACGCCGGCGCCGAGACCCUGAUCGGCAACGCCGCCUGCUCGGGCCUAGCCGUGAUGAUCAUCAUCCUGUCGACGGGACACAUCUCCGGCGCCCACUUGAACCCUUCGCUAACCAUCGCGUUCGCUUUCCUCCGCCACUUCCCCUGGGCCCACGUCCCGGCCUACAUCGCUGCCCAGGUAACGGCGUCAAUCUGCGCGGCAUUCGCACUCAAGGGCGUGUUUCAUCCCUUUAUGUCCGGCGGCGUCACCGUGCCUUCCGUCGCCACCGGCCAGGCUUUUGCACUUGAGUUCAUUAUUACUUUCGUCCUGCUUUUUGUUGUUACUGCCGUUGCUACGGAUACUCGCGCGGUGGGGGAGCUGGCCGGGAUUGCGGUUGGUGCUACGGUUAUGCUCAACAUUCUUGUUGCAGGGACAUCGACCGGAGCGUCGAUGAACCCAGUGAGGACACUCGGGCCGGCGGUGGCGGCAGGGAACUACAGGAAACUCUGGAUAUACCUGGUUGCGCCGACCCUCGGCGCUCUUGCCGGAGCUGGCACCUACACCGCCGUGAAGCUCGAAGACACCGAAGCUCACCCGCCUCGUCCGGUCAGGAGCUUCCGCCACUAGACUGAAAACUACACCGUAUUUGUACGUUACUGCUACUGUACUACAGUGUUCGGUGUUUGCUACUUUGCUCUGUAAUAAACGCGAUGUGACUGAAAUUCCACGCCUGAAUUAUUACCUUAAUUACUAAGGUCUAAGUAAGCUUCUCUUGUGUCUGUGUGUUGUAAUUAUUACCUUAAUUACCACUCUCUGCGAGAAAGUGAUUAUCGAACAACAAGGUUUUGAUAUUCUAAAAAUUGCACGAUUUGGGGAAUGACUAAAUUGUGACGAUCAUUCACGUAAAAUUAUGUUUUAGAGCUGAUUGGUUGUCAUAAUGCGACUGACUUCAUAUCGUUGAUAUUAUAUAAAUUCCCUUCCAGUUAUUACUUCUUUAAUUUUUCACGGUAAAUGAAGAAAGUUUCAUAUAUAAUCGCUGCAAGUGGGUUCAGCUACUAAAGCUUCCCGGCAGCAAUCAUAUAAUAAAUAACUUCUUUUCCA